CCAAUGAAAACACAGCAUUUAAAAUCAGAAUAUUACAUCAGACCAAUAAAAACAUUUAAUACAGAAAUGUGGGAUUAAUGAGAAGUAUGUUUAAUACCUGCUGAAAGGUUGUUAUUUUCUAAAGGUUCUAAUCUGACAAACGGGCCUGAUCAGAACCAGAUUCUAAUGUGUUAAAUAUGACUGUAUAUAUAUGUUAGAAUGGUAAAUGGACUGAAUUUAUAUAGAACUGUUCUACUCAUACCGACCACUCAAAGCUCUUUACACCAGAACCACGUUCACCCAGUCACACUCACUAACUCACACAUUCAUUCAGCGACACGCAGAUCGGUAGCAACCUGGGGUUAAGUGCCUUGCUCAGGGGCACAUUGACAUGAGGAAGCUGGAAUCAAACCCACAACUCUCAGGUUUCCAGAUGACUGGUCUACCUACUGGACCACAGUUAACCCCAAGAACAGGUCAAAGGUCCUCCAGUGACGAUAUCUACUGUUUACUGUAUGUUCACCUGACCUCCAUCUGGCCCAGCAGGCCCAGCAGAGAGAAACCAACAUCAGAACCAUGAAGAUUGUGGAGAAGAAGUCUCACUUUAACAUCAGCUGUAGGUGUUUGUCUGGUUCUGCUGCAUUUCUGGGUCAAACAUGUUUUCUUCAUUCAGUGAAGUAACUGGAGGUGGGGAGAGGAACCAGAAAUGUUCUCCAGUAAGAGUAGCGUUCCUUCAGAAUAAUAACCUCUGGUGGAGCUGCCAUGAGUUAGUGUUUGAUGUGAAGGUGGAUCCAGUGUCUGCAGAUGAGAAGGUAGUGAAGCCCGUGGUGAGCGUGUACCCAGCAGCAUCCAGAGCCCACCUGGAGGGGAAGAGCUCCCUGCUGUGUCUGGCCUCAGACAUGUUUCCUCCUCUGGUCCAGAUCUCCUGGAAAAGACAGAAGAAGGACGGUGAUCUGGAGAAUCUGCCCCCUGUUGAGGGAGAGCAGCUGGAGCUCAGAGAGUCGGGUCGCACCGCCUCCAUCUUACUGGUGGAUCGGAAUCCUUUCUACACUAAGAGAUACCACUGCUCUGUCAACCAUGAGGGGGGCAGAGUGGAGGCCCAAAGAUUACAAGAGGUUCAUCCCUGGAUUCUGGUGGCCCCGUUCCGAGUGAAGCUGCUCUGCCUGCUCUACACGGUGCUGAUAGUGAAGAGUCUGGUGUACUGCUGUGGACUCUCUCUGCUGAUGAUGCUCAGAACCAAGGGACCGUCCACCAUCUGAACACCUGCUGCUCACUGUUUUCUCUCCAACCUUUCUUCCACUCAUCAAUAAAACAUCACUUGUGCUGUUGUUUAUUUGGCUUUCAAACUUUGUGGUUGUUUGCAUGUUUCUUUCAUGCAGUGUAAUUUGUAAUAUGUAUUUUCUUUGUAGCUUGAUGUUUCUAUGAUUAUUUUUACGAGCUUGCGUUUCUUUGUUAUUUCUCAAAAAGAAACAGGACGGCCAUUUUCAUUUUAGUGUAACUCAGCUAAGUUGAAAUAAUUCAUGUUUUUUCGAAACAACUGAAAAAAAGCACAUAAACUCUGCUUGUGGCUUUUUUUAAAUAGGCAAUAACAUGAUUCACUCACACAUUGCUCAGUAUAU